GACUCUCCUCACCCCAUGACCUCUCUUUUCUCACCCCUGGGCCCCCCAUUCCUGGGCAAAGGGACCCCUGGAUGCCCCAUCCCACCUCUUCCAGUCCCUACACCCUCCUUUCCUUGGCCCUGGGAUCCCCAAACCCCCUUCCCGGCUCUCCCAGCUCUCCCAGUUCCCCCUUUCCUUGACCCUUGGACACCCCCAGACCCCCCAAAUCUCCGUGUCCCCCCAGUUCUUCACUCCCUGCGUUACCUGCACGUGGCAGUGACAGAGCCCAGCCCGGGGAUCCCUCAAUACCUGUCCAUGGGAUAUGUGGAUGGGAUCCCCAUCAGCCGCUACGACAGCGAGCGGGGCCGGGUGGAACCACAGACGCCGUGGAUGGCGGCCGGAGCCGAGCCGGGAUAUUGGGAUGAACAGACCCAGAUCAAUGAGAGGAACCAGCACGUGGCUACCCACAACCUGGGUGUAGGGCAGGAUCGCUACAACUGGAGUGGGGGUCUCCACACGUGGCAGUGGGUUUGUGGCUGUGACCUCCUGUCCGACGGGAGUGUCCGUGGAUCCUAUUGGCAAGGCUACGACAGGCGGGAUUUCAUCUCCUUCGAGCUGGGAUCCGGGAGCUUCGUGGCGGCCGAUGGAGCUGCCCAGAUCACCAAGAGGAAAUGGGAACACGACGGGAUCGUGGCAGAGAGACAGACACAUUACCUAAAGAACAUCUGUCCAGAAUGGCUCCGGAAAUACAUCGAAUACGGGCGGGAGGCGUUGGAGCGCAAAGAUCCCCCUGAUGUCCACGUGUCCGGGAAAGAGGAACACGGGAUCCUGACGUUGUCCUGCCACGCGUACGGAUUCUACCCCGGGAUAAUCGGGAUCAACUGGCUGAAGGGGGAUGAACUGCGGGAUCAGGAGACGGAGUGGGGCGGGAUCGUUCCCAACAGCGACGGCACCUUCCACAGCUGGGCCAGGAUCGAGGCGCUGCCGGGGGAGCGGGAGCAGUACCGGUGCCGGGUGGAGCACGCCGGAAUGCCGGAGCCCGGGAUCUUCGCCUGGGAGCCAGAAUCCGUCUGGAAUUCCAGCCCGGUGUUGGUGGCUGUGUCCGUCAUCGCUGCCAUCAUCAUCAUCAUCAUCGGCCUCGUGGCAGUCGGUGUCUGGAAGCUCCGAUCCGGGAAGAGGGAGGGGAAUGGAUACGACCCCGCGCCCACCAGUGAGUCCCAGCAGCGUGUGUGGAUCCAGAUCCUCUGUGCAGGGAUCCCAGGAUGGAUGCCGGGAUUCCAGAGGGGAAUGGGGGCCUAAUGGCUGGAGUGGGAUUGGAAGGGGAUUGCAGCUCAGGGCAGGAUUCCAGAGUGG